AUGGCCCCCGGUAUCAUUUCCCCCAUCCCGGGCAAUUUCUCCUCUCCUCACUAUUCAACCAUGCCGGGCAACUCCCGGCAGGUCUCUGCCAUGUCCGGAAUGUUUGACAGUGACAGCGUUUCCAACACUGGCCUGUCUCGGGGUACAUCCCGCCGCGAGUCAAUGAUGCCCCGGACAUUCUACACUGCUGGCAGCAGCAAGCUUUCCAACAUGAUCCAGAGCCUUCAGCACCAGAGCAGCCGUGAAAUGGACCUUGGUGACUCCUCUGUCCUGUUCAACACGGAUUUCAUCUCGAUUCGGGAUUGGAUCGCCGCUGAGCGCAUGAGCCAUCUCCCUGCAGAGGGAAGCAGCUACGACAAAGUGCUCGCAUGGGCACAGCUGUUCGCUGAGAGACUCAACUCCUUUGAUGCCGCUAUCCGUCAAUUCGAGGGCGGCAGUCUGCUGGCUGCCCGUCUUGCAUUUGGUUACUGUGCUAUGCUCCUCCAGCUUGGCAAGGAGAAUGCCCCAGCCCUGAUGGCGUCCUUUGGGUUCUUCUACAGCACAUCGUCCACUCUGGUGAACCUCCUCGAGCGAAUCGAGCUCUUUACUGUGUCUGGAGAGAUCAAGGAGCAAUUGGUUGACGCGCUGGCUGACCUUGUCAACUUGGUCGCUAGUGUUUCAACCACUUUCCACAAGUCAAUUGAUGAGAUUGUUGAGCAAUCCAUCUCAAUCAACAUCUAUGAGAAGUUUAGUCCUGAGCUCGAGUCUUUCCGCGACCGAUGUGCUUCUAUUUCCGAUGCUAUGUGGCGUCACCAGCUCGUGCAAGAGCACAGGGAUCCGAAAGACGUGAACCUGGUCAAGACCAUUCGCACCUGGCUUUCCCCCGAAGACCGUGUCCUCAGCCAUCUCGCCGAGAACACCUCGCAUCUCGCCCAUGAGCGCGAGGAGAUGACUUGUCUCUGGAUGAACCCAUACCUGACCCACUUCCUCAAGGGGGACAAGCGCACACUUGCCUUCACUGGAGCUCCUGGCUCCGGCAAGACUGUCCUCGCCUCCGUCAUCGUGGAUCGCCUGCAAGAUCAGAUUGCUGGUGUCUCCUACAAGAGCUUGUUUAUUCCCAUCAACGCUCGUAUCCCUGCCGAGACUACCCCCAUCGCCAUCGCCAAGACCAUCCUCUUCCAGCUGUUUGAGAAGCGUAUCGGCAACGUACAGCUACUGUCCAUCCUGGGUGAUGCCUAUGACACUAGCAAGCGUACCACCAACGAAACUGACUAUGAGAACAUUCUCUGGAACGCCCUUGAGCAUGCCCUGGCUGCUGCCCUUCACCGCGCCAAGGAACUCGUAAUUGUCGUUGACGGCGUGGACGAAGCCUCCUGUGGCGAGAAUGCCUUGCUACAGAAGCUCACUGCCGCCACAGCCAACGGAACAAAUGUCAAGUUGAUCACCCUCGGCGCUGAGAAGCCUCAAACUGCCUCUAACCUGAUGCAUGUCCCCAUUGGUGGCGACCGUGUCGCGGAUGACAUUGCCACUGUCGUCCGCAGCCACUUCACCAACAGCAACCGCAAGGCCGACACCAAGGUAUUCAAGGCCAUGGAUGAGCUUGAGCAGGAAACUCUUGUUGAUCAGAUCAGCGAGGCUGCUCGUGGUUCCUUCUUGUGGGCCAAGCUUUGCACCAAGCGUGCCCGCCAGGAGCACAGUCCGGAGAACUUGCGCAAAGUCGUCGAUACUCUCGUCAAGGGCAAGCCCACCAUUGCCGACUUUGUUCUCCAUGCCAUUCAGUCUCCUGAAGUCACUGAGGAUGCCAAGCUCAUGUUGGUCUUCCUUGCCACUGCGGAUCGUCCUCUCCUGACCCGCGAGCUCAUCAUCUUGGCCUCGAUCAACACCGAGAAGCAGGUGGUCACUGAUUACAAGGUCGACCUUCGCAAAAUUCUCAAGCCACUCAACUCGCUUGUAUUUCUCCAGGAUGGCCAAGUCUACCUUCGUCACGGUCUGAUCAGAACCGCCGUCUUGGAUGUGUUCACCAAGGGCAAAUUGACCACGACCAUCAAAGACCGCCACACUGACCUUGUGACCCGCCUCUUGAUCUACAUCAAGUACACUGUUCCUGAGCAGCACGAACCGUCUCUCCUCCCCAUGGAUUGGCGUGAUGUUGCUCCUCGUGUGCGCACCAACCCUUUGCUCGACUUUGCUGUUCGGUACUGGCCUCGUCACUUGAGGGAGUCUCCAAACUUUACAGGUGGCGAUGUUACUAAGGAGGUUGGAAAGAUCUUCCCUGCCACCGUUACACUCUUGCUUCUCCAGACCACACUUUGGAGCAACUUCGCUACUCCCACUCUGGUUUCAUACCAGAGCAUUGUCACGAAGCUCUGCCAACAGAUUUUGACCCCCAACCAUGUGGUGACUCUUCAGUCCAUGAUCUCGCUCGCCGUCCUGUACCGUGAGCUGAACCAGCUCCCUGAGGCUAUCCACCUUUACUAUCAAAUCACUACGCUCAGUCGCACCUUGCUCGACAUCAACCAUACCGUGACCCGGGAAAUGGCGCUCGUGUUCCUCACCCUGACUGCUGACUUGGUCACUGGCACCAAAUCGGAGAUCAUGACCCAGCGUGAGCAGAUUUUUGUCCUCAUCAUUGAGUGCUUCACGGUUUACUACGGAGAGAAGUCCGAGAAGACGAUCGGAAUGAUAAAGGCUCUGAUUGACCACUACCGCGUGACUCAGGAGACUGAGAAGGAGCAACAGUGGAGUAUCAAGAUUCAAGCUCGCACCACUACUGAAUACGAUGGUGACGAUUCUCGGGAGUGGAACCUUCGUCUUAAUGGCCACAAGCAGCAAAAUGGCUUCAACGGUGUUAUUUUCGACCUUGCUGCCGAGUCGGACGAGGUUCUUGACAAGUCUCAGUGGUCAUUCGAGUCCCAAAUCAAGCAAGCCGAGAAAUACAUUGCAGAGGGACACUUGAAUUGGGCCGAACGCCUAUACAUUGAGAUUUGGCAACGUGUCAGCAGUGGUCACUCGGAAGAUGAGAAACUUAAAGCUGUUCUGGAUUACUCUCGCUUCCUCCAGUCUCAGAAGAGAACAUCUGAGGCCUCUUCCAUUCUGUCCAGUGUGUGGGAAGAGCACAAGCACUCCAGUGCCUCUCUCUCCGAGACUUCCACCUCUCACUUUGAACAAAUUGCCAACGUGAUGUCAACUGUCGGUCUCUCCGUUGCUGCUUUGAGCAUCUUCAAGCGCUGCUCUGAGUACUACCAGCGCACAAACAAGACCCAAUCUUCUUCCUACCAGGAGAUCCAGAAGAAAAUUCAAGUUUCCGAGCAGCAUGUUCUGAAGCAGGCCAGCUCUUCAUCCUCCCAUAUCUCCGAGGAGAUCUUGGAACAGAUCAUAACCGACGCUUCUUCCUCUUCCAAGAUUGACGAGACUUCAAUCAGCGCGCUCCGCACUCUUCUUACCGUGUACACUUCCGAGCACCGCUGGAAAGAUGCUUCUAAGGCCCUCAAGAAAAUCCUGCGUGGCCUUUGGCCCUCUUUAUUCGCUCCCUCGAUCCAAGAUGUGACCUUGCCCAAGCAGCACGUUGACCAGGCCGUGGACUACGCCAUCCAGCUCAGCCGUUGCUACCACUUCCGUCGCCGUGUUCCUCGCGAGGAGAGUAUCCGUAUUCGCGUGUACCGUGCUGUUCGGGUUGCCCGUCCUGUCGAGGACAAACUGAGAACCGAUGUCACCACUCAACUCCUGAACUUCUUCAAGACCUCUUCCCAGCCUGACAAGGACUUCACCACUCGACAAGAGAUCUUGGACGACUACACCAAGCACUAUGGCCCUGAGCACCCCACUGUAUUGAAGACUCUCUUCAACUUGGCUGAGAUUGCUCGCCCUCGCCCUGUCUUCAUCGAGUACUACCAGCGCAUCAUCUCGAUACUGAACAAGGACUCUCAGGUUUGCAAGCCUGAGGCUUUGGAACCCGUCAUCAUUGUCGCUACUGAGCUCUGGGCCCAGAGUCGCUACUCUGAGGCUGUGCCAUACUUCAAGGUGCUCUUCACUACCUUCCUGAACCAGCCCAAGCAGAGCCCCAAGUUCCAGGAUGUGCCCUUCGUGCAGAAUGUUUUUACCCGCUACACUCACUGUCUUCGUACCAUCCGCACUGAGUUCACUGAUAUUCACAAGGUCACCCUUGAGUACCAAUCUAAGUGCAAGACAGUGUUUGGGGCUACUGCAUCGAUCACUAUCCAGGCCACCUUGACCCUCGCUCAGGUUUGCUCCGAGUCCAAGACCUUCGAGAACGAUGCCAUUACCCUCUAUCAACAGUUGAUCGACAGCAAGUCCCAGGAGAUUGACAUUGAUGAGAUUACUGCGAUCCUUGAUGGUAUUUUCGAGGAGCAGACCGAGGCUUUGGCCAAGUCUGAUUCGAUCUCUGCUACUCACCGUGAGGGUGCUACCCGGGUCCUGACCAAACGUAUUCGCAAGGUUCGUGAGACCUACGGCUGGGCCCACGAGGAGUCUCUGUCCAAGCUCAAGGAGGUCGUUGCUUUCCACUCCAAGCACAGCGACAUGCAGACUGUCAACACCGAGCUCCACGAAUCUACCAAGCAGAUCCUACAGUCUGAGACCUCUUCUCAGCAGCUUGUCUCUGCGGCCACCACCAUCGCUGCGAGCUACAUUGCGACCAAGCAGGCUCACAAGGUCGUUGAGCUGUCCCAGGAGCUGUAUCGACAGAUCAUCAUGAAAGACACAUCCAAGUCGAAGGAGAUCCAGCUCGAUGUCUCAUCCAAGGGCCGCCACAGCCUUGGAUUCCUGGCUCAGCUGGAGCACAGCGUUCGCCAGGGCUCUUCAAGCGUCACUGAGAUUCUCGCCACCCUGACCACCCAGUAUGCCUACUUCGAGGAGUUCCGCAGCGUAACCAAGAGCAAGACAAGCUCUUUCCACGAGGUUUCACUUUCUGCCACUCGGCUGUACCAGUUCCUGCUCUCUCAUCGUCGCGAAACUGCUGCUAAUCGUGUCUUUGAUGACUUCGUGGCCUACUUCAUUGCCACUGAAGGCAAGAAGACCAAGGUUACAGACACCGCCCAGGUGAAGGUCUUCCUCCAGACCAUGAUCGGCUACCUCACCACGCACGAGUCGCACAACUUCGUUCGCUCGGUUGGUAUUGCCAGCAACAUCCAGGUUCUUGAGCUUCUUCAAGCCAAGAACUACGACGGUGCCUCCAAUCUUGCUCUCGCUGCCUUCCAAUAUAUCUCGGCCCACGAUGUCUUCCGCACCUCCGAGAUUAUCAAGUUUGUGUUCACCCUGGGUGUGUUCAUCUCCGGCCACACCAUCAUUCCACAGCCCAACCAGGCCAUCCUGAAGAAGCUGCGUGGCGUGUCCGUGGUCAUCAUUCAGGAGGUCUUGCGCGUCCUCGCAGAGCUGAAGAUCAACUUGGCUCAGAUCAACCUGGACUACCUCAAUGUCCUCGUCGGUCUCCUUGGAGAGCAGCAGGAUUACAAGAACCUGGUUUGGAUCCUCGGCGAUCUCUGGAACGCCCGCAACAAGCUGCACAAUUGGACCCCGGUUCUCACUCUCGAGUUGGCUCGUCGCUACAUCCUCGCUCGCUACCUGGUUGGUGACUCUAUCAAGGCUGCCCGUCUUGCCGAGGAUAUUGUGUACAAUUGCCGCCGUGUCAACGGUGCUCGUCACUCCAGCACUCUUGAGAUGUCGACCCUGUUGUCUCAGCUGUACACUGGCAUCGCCCAGCGCUACCAGGGUGACAAGGCUGGCCAGCACAUGGCCAACAAGUACUACAAGAAAAGUGCUGUUGUGCACGAGAGCCUUCUCCGCAUCUUCGUCGACCCCUCCUUGGCCGAGUUUGAAGGUUCAAUGGAUGCCAGCUUCAGUAUGGACGGCUCCGCUUACGACCUGAACAUCAACGAGUCGACCAGCUCGUUGACCUAUGGUGAACAGGUUCGCCAGCACCUUCAGCUUCUCAAGCUCUCCAUGCAGCGCCUGGGUGAUUGGCCCAAGGACUACAGCGAGUAUGAAAGCCUGAACGCCAGCCUCUACGAGCUUUUCGGGCCUGAACUCAAGGGCUUCGAAGGCGUUGAAAAGUGGAACUUGAAGAACUUUGGCUCCGGCAAGGCUGCUAGUAAUGAGGACACCCUCGACCUCAAAGCGGUUUCCUGGGAGCUGAACAUUGGACAGUCCCAGGAACCCGAUGAGGAGCUGUAA